GGGUUUUCUUCCUCGUUAACGAUCGCCAAUCCACACAACAACCCAGCACGCACAACACACACACCCUGCCCGCUGAACUAACAACCCUCCCUCUUCAACCAACCAACCAACCAUGAGCUUGGGACUGAUGCCUGGUGAAGUCAUGGCGCACGGCGCCGAGGAAGAGAAGGCCGAGAACGCCCGUCUCUCUUCCUUCAUUGGUGCCAUUGCCGUUGGCGAUCUCGUCAAGAGCACUCUUGGCCCAAAGGGCAUGGACAAAAUCCUCGUGUCUGCGAGCAAUCCCGACAAUGUCCAGGUGACCAACGACGGUGCGACGAUCCUGCAGAACAUUGGCGUGGACAACCCCGCUGCCAAGGUCCUCGUCGACCUGUCUCGUGUCCAGGACGCCGAGGUCGGCGACGGUACCACCAGCGUUACAGUGCUCACGGCGGAGCUCCUUCGCCAGGCCGAGAAGCUGAUUGACCAGAAGAUGCAUCCCCAGACGAUCAUUGCCGGCUGGCGAAGGGCUGCGGCCACGGCCCGCCGUGCCCUUGAGGAGGCAGCCAUCGACAACGGUGCCGAUGCCGAUGCCUUCCGCAAGGAUCUCAUCAACAUCGCCCGCACCACACUCUCCUCCAAGAUCCUCACCUCCAGCAAAGAGUACUUUGCGGAGCUCGCCGUUGACGCCGUCCUGCGCAUCAAGAAAUUCGGCAGCCUGGAGGCCAUUCAGGUCAUCAAGAAGCUUGGCGGCCGUCUUCGCGACUCUUACCUCGAUGAGGGCUUUCUGCUUGACAAGAAGAUUGGCAUCAACCAGCCCAAGCGCAUCGAGAACGCAAAGGUGCUCAUUGCCAACACGCAGAUGGACACGGACAAGAUCAAGGUGCACAGCGCUCGCGUGCGUGUGCAGUCCUCUGAGCAGGUGUCUGAGAUUGAGGCAGCGGAGCGUAAGAAGAUGAAGGACAAGGUUGACCGCAUCCUCAAGCACGACAUCAACGUCUUCAUCAACCGCCAGCUCAUCUACGAUUACCCGCAGCAGCUCUUCACGGAUGCCGGCAUUGUGAGCAUCGAGCACGCCGACUUUGAGGGCGUGGAGCGCCUUGCGCUUGUGCUUGGCGGCGAGAUUGUGUCCACCUUUGAUACCCCCGACAAGGUCAAGAUUGGCCACUGCGAUCUCAUCGAGGAAGUCAUGAUUGGCGAGGACAAGCUGAUCAAGUUCUCUGGCGUUGCGCUUGGCGAGGCGUGCACGGUUGUCCUGCGCGGUGCGACGCAGCAGAUUCUCGACGAGGCCGAGCGCUCUCUCCACGACGCCCUCUGCGUCCUCACUUCCACCGUCAAGGAGACCCGCACCGUCUUUGGCGGAGGCUGCGCCGAGAUGCUGAUGGCGACGGCCAUUCAGAAGGAGGCGCUCACCAUCCCCGGCAAGGAGGCAACUGCCAUGGAGGCGUUUGCUACCGCUCUGCAGCAGCUGCCCACCAUCAUUGCCGACAACGCCGGCUUUGACAGCACGCAGCUUGUUGCUGAGCUCCGCGCGGCGCACGCGGAGGGCAAGAAGAUGAUGGGCCUGGACAUGGAGACGGGCACUGUUGCCGACGUGCAGCAGCUCGGCAUCACGGAGAGCUUCCAGGUCAAGUCGCAGGUUGUUGUGUCUGCGGAGGAGGCCGCCGAGAUGAUCCUGCGUGUGGACAACAUUCUCAAGUCCGCCCCUCGCCAGCGCACCCCACAUCACCACUAGGCACUUUCCACUCGUCCUUUCUCUCCCACUCUUGGUUGUUAUGGUGCAGAGACUACGUGUGUUUGUGUGUGUGUAUGUGAAUGUGUAUGUGCAGCCACACUACUUCUCGUUUCGUGUGGAUGUGCGUGUGUGUGCGUGUGGAUUUUCUCCGUGUUGCUUAACUUCCCUCCCAUUCCUCCCUCCCUCGUCAGUGUUUGUCGUGUGCCCAUGAAGGUUUGCCUACAGGUGGUGUUGUUUGUUUUGGUGUAGCAUCCAAGUCAGCAGCUGUUGCUUGCAUUGGUUGUCGACAGUCGCAACAUUGCACUACAACGAAAAUAGCCCAUAUACAGGCACGACACGUGAAUAGCGAG